AUGGGCCGCGACGUCGGUGUGGGGAGCGCUGGAUGGCGCGAGGCGGUAGACAGCAGCUUCCGUCCCUCGCAUCCUUUCUACGCUCGAGGUACUCCAUCUUGGCUUCUCCCGCUUCAGCACGACCCAGACUCAACAAUGACGAGGCCAAACAUCAUCUUCAUCAUGGCAGACGACCACGCCGCCAAAGCCAUCAGUGCAUACGGAGCGGGCAUCAACGACACGCCCGGAAUCGACCGUCUCGCGAAGGAGGGAAUGCGCUACGAUCACUGCUACGUUACUAACUCGAUCUGCACCCCAUCUCGUGCGACCAUUCUCUGCGGCACGCACAAUCACGUCAACGGCGUCCACACCCUCGACUCGAAGCUCGACUCGAAUCUCCCAAAUGUUGCAAAGCAUCUUCGCUCGAGCGGGUACCAAACGGCCAUGAUCGGCAAAUGGCAUCUCGCAGGCCACGGCGCGCUCGAAAAGGCGCAUGCUCCGCAAGGUUUUGAUGAGUGGGACAUCCUUCCGGGCCAAGGGCAGUACUUCGACCCGAUGUGGAUCAACUCGUCAGGUCCGCACCGCGAGAUGGGCUACGUGACGGACAUUACGACGGACAAGGCGAUCGACUUUAUCGAGCGGCGGGACAAGAGCAGACCGUUCUUCGCGAUGGUCCACCACAAGGCCCCUCAUCGUCCUUGGGAGUGUCACCCGCGCCAUCGCGAGCUCUACAAGGACGAGAUCCGCAUCCCCGAGACGUACGACGACGACUACAAAAACCGAGCGAAGGCAGCGUCGCUCGCCAAGAUGCGCGUCGAGGCGGAUAUGUCGUACCAAGACCUGGGUCUCGUCCAGCCCGAAGGCGGCAGCGAGCUCGGCGAGCUCGAGAUCCCGUUCCUCGACUGGUUCACGUCGCGCAAAGUGCCGAUGCCGGACGACGUCUCGAAGAUUCGCCUCAUCGACAAGCAGACGGCCGAAGUGUUCACGUUCAAGACGCGCGAAGAGCUGUCCAAGUUCAAGUACCAGCGCUACAUGCAGCGCUACCUGCGGACGAUCCAGUCCAUCGACGACGGCGUCGGCAAGUUGCUCGACUACCUCGACGCGAGCGGGCUCGCCGAGAACACAAUGGUCAUCUACACCUCGGACCAGGGUUUCUUCCUUGGCGAGCACGGCUGGUUCGACAAACGCUUCAUCUACGAGGAAUCCUUCCAGAUGCCCUUCCUCAUUCGCUGGCCGUCCGUCAUCAAGCCCGGCAGCGUCUCCAAGGACAUCAUCUCGAACGUCGACUUUGCCGCGACAUGGCUCGAAGCGGCAGGCCUGCGCAUCCCGAAUUACAUGCAGGGCGACUCGUUCCUCUCGUCGCUGAAGGGCGUGCCGCGUCCGGCGGACGACAAGACCGUCGCCUACCACCGGUACUGGCAGCACGCCGACCCGAUCCACAACGCCUACGCACACUACGGCAUCCGCAACCAACGCUACAAGCUGAUUUACUGGUACGCCGAGUCGUUCGACCUGCCCGGUACCGGUCAAGGCGGGCAAGAGCGCGAGUGGGAGCUCUUCGACUGCGAGAAAGACCCGCUCGAGCUGUUCAACUGCUGGAGCGAUCCUUCGUACGGCCAAGUGCGGGAAGAGAUGGUACGCCUCCUGAACGACAAGAUGGAGACGAUUGGGGAUGUGCCGGUGCACAAGGUGGGAGCGUCGGCGGCCGAGUUGGCGGAGAUUGACAAGGCGUACGAGGGCGUGGGCAUCUCGGAGCGGGCGGGCGAGAAGAACAUGUAG